AUUCCAGCAGUUGAGAGGGAGGCAAAACCACCAGAGAGGGAGAAAGGGAAAUCUGAACUACCCUAAGGCAAGUGUAGGAGGUAGGUAAAUAGUAGAAUGUAUGGGAAAAUAACUUGACAGCAGGAUAACUAUACAACAAAGAGUCGGCAAACUUACACCCAAACAGAAAACCCUGAAGAAGGGAUUAUUACCCCAGUAGGGUAUUUAGCCUUAAUAAUGAAGAGUUGUUAAAUAGAGUGCACGCUUAAUAUAUCUAUGCAUAAUAGUAUUACCUUCUAUUAGGCUAGGGCUGCAGCAUAUUGCCCUGCAUAAGGAGGGAUAGAGUAUUAGCCUAAAUAGUAUUUUUAUUGCAGAAUAUUACUCAAGUAUUUGGACUGUAGAAUGUAAUAGCUCUAGGGCGCAGUAUAUAACAUAUUACUGUUGGGAUCUGCAUAAUCAAAAAGGAAGGGGCAAUUAAAUUUUCCAAAGUAACAGAGGGGUAGCUGGAAGCACUACAGUAAAGUGCAGAAUAUCACAUCAAAUACCAGAUAGGUGCAGAUAUUUCUUUAUAUUAAUGGGGAUGAGGGACUGUGAAUCACCUAUAACCCCUAAACAAUGCAUAGCUUCUCUUACCAACUAUUAAGGAGACUAAUUUAAUUAGCAGCACCCUCCGAGGCUGCAAAUCUCUCUCCCUAUAUAUCUGUCCUUUUUGUGUGAGUGCCCCUAUUGGUAUUGGUGCUCCUCCUCCCUCCUCCAUCCCCCUCUGCACCCAAGGGAGCCACAAUCCCACACAAUAGGAACUUUAGCACAAUAAGUGAGUGAGUUGCAGCAGGUACCGACGGGGGGACCCUCACUGCACGCACAACCUCAAAGCACAGACUUAUUGGACAUUAUUUGGGGUCUUUUUUUUUUUUAUUGGGAGGGGAGUUUGGAGGAGCCGAGGAGAUGUCCAGGAGGAAGCAGGCCAAACCACGCUCGGUUAAAGUGGAAGAUUCAGAAAACUUUCCCCUGACCUGGGAGUCUGCUGUGAACCAGACAGGGGGUCUGGGAGGGGAGGCAGCAAGAGAAGGCCGAGGUUUGGAAGACUGUAACAGCGUGACCAGUCAGGAAGACAGGAUUGAGGAAGAGGAGCUGGAGGACGAGUCAAUUUACACCUGUGAUAACUGCCAGCAGGACUUUGAUUCCUUGGCCGAGCUCACGGACCACCGGACCCAGCACUGCCUCGGAGAUGGUGAUGACGACCCACAAUUCUCUUGGGUGGCUUCCUCUCCCUCCAGCAAAGACGUUGCAUCACCCACUCAGAUGAUAGGAGAUGGGUGUGAUCUUGGAAUAGGGGAAGAAGGAGGAUCUGGGCUACCGUAUCCCUGUCAGUUUUGUGACAAAUCCUUCAGCCGGCUGAGCUACCUGAAGAGGCACGAGCAAAUCCACAGUGACAAACUGCCCUUUAAGUGCACCUACUGCAGUCGCCUUUUUAAGCACAAGAGAAGCAGAGACCGCCACAUAAAGCUUCACACUGGGGAUAAAAAGUAUCACUGUCACGAGUGUGAAGCUGCAUUUUCUCGCAGUGACCACCUGAAAAUUCAUCUUAAGACCCACAGUUCUACUAAGCCAUUUAAAUGCACAGUUUGUAAGCGUGGGUUUUCCUCAACUAGCUCACUGCAGAGUCACAUGCAGGCGCAUAAAAAGAACAAGGACAAGACGGAUAAAGAUAUGAAGAGAGAUGAUUUCAUGUGUGACUAUUGUGAGGAGACCUUCAACCAAACAGAGGACCUGGAGAAGCAUGUGAUGACGCGUCAUCCGCAGCUCUCAGAGAAGGCCGACCUGCAAUGCAUUCAUUGUCCAGAAGUAUUUGCAGAUGAAACGACUCUGCUUACACACAUUGACCAAGUCCAUGCCAAUAAGAAACACAAGUGCCCUAUGUGUCCAGAGCAGUUUUCCUCAGUGGAAGAAGUCUAUUGUCACUUAGACAGUCAUAGACAGCCUGAUUCUAGCAACCACAGCAUUAGUCCUGAUCCAGUUCUGGGAAGUGUGGCUUCCAUGAGCAGUGCCACUCCUGACUCCAGUGCAUCAGUGGAACGAGGUUCUACUCCAGAUUCAACUCUUAAGCCAAUCCGAGGACAGAAAAAAACUGGAUCUGAGAGAGAAGAUGGACAAAACUGGUCCAAAAUUACCUAUAGUUGCCCAUACUGCUCAAAAAGAGACUUCAGCAGCUUGGCAGUUCUUGAGAUCCAUUUAAAAACCAUCCAUGUGGACAAGCCUCAGCAAAGCCAUACUUGCCAGAUAUGCCUGGAUGCCAUGCCUACAUUGUACAACCUAAACGAGCAUGUGCGGAAGGUGCAUAAAAACCAUGCUUAUCCCAUGGUUCAAUUCAACAACAUAACAGCCUUUCAUUGCAACUAUUGUCCUGAGAUGUUUGCAGACAUAAACAGUCUCCAGGAACAUAUCCGGAUUGCCCACUGUGGUCCAAAUUCUACCCCUCACGAGGGAAAUAAUGCCUUCUUUUGCAACCAGUGUUCUAUGGGAUUCCUUACAGAGUCCUCCUUGACAGAGCAUAUUCAGCAAACUCAUUGCAGUGUAGGAAGUUCUAAACUGGAAUCCCCAGUCAUUCAACCAACCCAGUCCUUCAUGGAAGUGUACUCGUGUCCAUAUUGCACAAACUCCCCCAUAUUUGGCUCUAUACUUAAGUUGACAAAGCACAUUAAAGAAAACCACAAGAACAUUCCACUGGCAAACAAUAAGAAGUCAAAGUCUGAACAGAGCCCAGUUUCCUCUGAUGUAGAAGUCUCUUCCCCAAAGAGGCAAAGGUUGUGUGCUAGUUUAAACUCAGUGUCAAAUGGAGAGUAUCCUUGUAAUCAGUGUGAUUUAAAAUUCUCUAACUUUGAUACUUUUCAGACACAUUUAAAGUCUCAUUUGGAGCUGCUGUUAAGAAAACAGUCCUGCCCUCAGUGCAAAGAAGACUUUGACUCUCAGGAGUCCCUUCUGCAACACCUCACCAUACACUACAUGACGACCUCAACUCACUAUGUUUGUGAAAGCUGUGACAAGCAGUUUUCGUCUGUGGAUGAUCUGCAGAAGCACUUACUGGACAUGCAUACAUUUGUGUUGUAUCAUUGCACGCUCUGCCAAGAAGUGUUUGAUUCCAAGGUGUCUAUCCAAGUGCAUCUGGCAGUGAAGCACAGCAAUGAAAAGAAAAUGUACCGCUGUACAGCAUGUAACUGGGAUUUUAGAAAGGAAGUUGAUCUUCAGCUCCAUGUUAAGCAUAGUCAUUUAGGAAACCCAACAAAAUCCCACAAAUGUAUAUUUUGUGGUGAAACCUUUAGUACAGAGGUGGAACUGCAGUGUCACAUCACUACUCACAGCAAAAAGUACAACUGUAAGUUCUGCAGUAAAGCAUUCCAUGCAAUCAUUCUGCUGGAGAAACAUCUACGUGAAAAGCAUUGUGUAUUUGAUACCAACAAUCAGAAUGGGACAGCAAAUGGUAUGGCCCCAGUCAGUAAAAAGCCAGAGACUGCAGAAGUGCAGAACCUUCUGAUGAAGAAUCCAGAUGUUACAAACAGUCAUGAAGCCAGUGAAGAUGAUGUUGAUGCUUCUGAGCCAAUGUAUGGCUGUGAUAUCUGUGGAGCUGCUUACACCAUGGAAGUUCUCUUGCAGAAUCAUCGCUUAAGAGAUCAUAACAUCCGACCUGGGGAAGAUGAAGGUUCUAGAAAGAAGGCAGAGUUCAUCAAGGGCAGUCACAAGUGCAACAUCUGCUCAAGAACUUUCUUCUCUGAGAAUGGGCUUAGAGAACAUAUGCAGACACAUAGGGGUCCUGCAAAACACUAUAUGUGUCCCAUUUGUGGUGAGAGAUUCCCGUCCCUUUUAACUCUCACUGAGCACAAAGUUACCCAUAGCAAAAGCUUGGACACUGGCACAUGCCGAAUCUGCAAAAUGCCGCUUCAGAGUGAAGAAGAAUUUAUUGAGCAUUGCCAGAUGCAUCCAGACCUUAGAAAUUCCCUCACUGGCUUUCGUUGUGUUGUCUGCAUGCAGACUGUCACAUCCACUUUGGAACUUAAAAUUCAUGGAACUUUCCAUAUGCAAAAGCUGGCAGGAAGUUCAGCAGCUUCCUCUCCUAAUGGACAGACCUUACAGAAAAUAUACAAGUGUGCCCUCUGUUUGAAAGAGUUCAGGAAUAAACAAGAUCUGGUAAAAUUAGAUGUUAAUGGCCUGCCAUAUGGCCUGUGCGCUGGGUGCUUGAGCAGAUCCACCAAUGGACAACCUUCAUCUCUGAACCCACAAGACGUUUGCGAAAGGCUGUGUGCCAGUUUGAGGUGUCCAGAGUGCAGUGUCAAGUUUGAGAGUGCAGAUGACCUGGAAAAUCAUAUGCAGAUGGACCAUAGAGACAUAGCUCUUGAUGCUAGUGGCCAAAGGAAAAUUGCUCAGACAUCUCCUGUCCCCAGAAAGAAGACCUAUCAGUGCAUCAAAUGUCAGAUGACCUUUGAGAACGAACGGGAAAUACAGAUUCAUGUUGCGAAUCAUAUGAUCGAGGAAGGGAUCAAUCACGAGUGCAAGCUGUGUAACCAGAUGUUUGAUUCUCCGGCAAAGCUUUUGUGUCACCUGAUUGAGCACAGCUUUGAAGGAAUGGGAGGAACAUUCAAAUGCCCGGUUUGUUUUACAGUUUUUGUACAGGCCAAUAAGCUACAGCAACACAUUUUUGCUGUUCACGGACAAGAGGACAAAAUCUAUGACUGCUCUCAAUGCCCACAGAAGUUCUUCUUCCAGACAGAACUACAGAACCACACGUUGAGCCAGCACGCGCAGUGAGCCUAUGUCACGACAGGACUUCUCUCUGCAGAAGACUUGACGGAGACACAGUGGGGAGGACCAUUUGAACAUUACAUCCAAUCAAAGUGUCAUUUGCAACCCAGAUGUAAAACUCUAAUGAUUCGGCCAUGAGGCGCUGCUAUUAUAAGCAGCUGGAAAUGAAUAUUAAUGGAAGAGAUUAAAAGUAUUCCAUGCACAGUAUUUUUAUUGUCCUGCUUCUUACUAGAGUACUAGGGAUUCUGCUUCUGACUCAAUUUAUAGCGUUAGAAUAAUCAGUUCCAAUCUUGUUGUCUUUUGUUGCUUCCUGUAUUAUAUUGAUAGUUCGCUGGGAAUUUUUUUUUUUUAAACAGCAUUUAAUUGCUAUUUUUUAGUUCUGUGUUUCUGUGAUGUGAUGGUUUGGCAGCUGUCUAUUACUUUUUUGUUUUAAUUAUUCUAUAUAUAUAUUUUUUUUUAUUAUUAAUAUUAUUUUAAUACUCAAAACUCAUGCUUUUGCUGGGGUUUGUCAGUUCCCAAAGGACAGUCUAAUGACUAUAAACUGAUAAAAAAAAUGGCCUGCUUUAUGAACGUGACUUUUAUCUGAAUUGGAAUUCAAUAAAGGGAAAGCAUAAAAUAUGUGCCCUAAGUGCGCUGGGCAUGUUGACGCUCAGUCAGCUGAUGGUUACCUAAUACGUACACUGCGCUGCCAAGUAAAACACUUGGGCUGAAGAGUUCUUUACUCAAUAUGUUGCAAUCAUUUUAAGCACUAAAGUACUGGAAGUCAUGUUAUCACUUUAGGAAGGAGAUAAGAAAAAAUAAAUAUUUCUAUUGCAAUUAUUAUUAUUAUUAUUUUAUUUUUUUGCGACACAGUAUUCUGUCUACAUCUAUAUUUGAAUGGCAGUUGGCCUACUAUUUAAGCAGCUUAAAAUUGUACAUAAAUCUUAUCAAAGAAAAAAAAAAAAACUUGUAAGCCAGAGUGUACUCUCUUCAAUAACUGUCAGAGAAAAAAGGGACAUUUAGUAGUUCCUUGCCACCUCUCUUUCUAUUUCUGGGCUGUUUGCCAAACUGCUAAAACUAAACAUUGUUACAGGAUAAUGGGGAAACUGGAAGACACAGCUGAACCACUAAGACUAAGGCUGCAAGCACAUUUAGAGAUUGUUUCUUGACCCAUUUGACAGAAACACGUUUGCUAUAUUUGGUGGAUAUCCUAUUCAGGCCUGGAAAAUGUGCUUACCUACGUUGUAUAUCACAAUGGUUUGUCCCUAAUCUAGGUUUUUAAAGUGUUCUGGAGCCUGGCUUUCUGGUGAAUACAGCUAAGGAAUCUCUGUUAUUUAGACACUAUUGUAAAGUAUAAAAAGAUGACUCAUGCAUGUGUAUUUUUCCUCUCGCACAUGUUUAAUGUGUUUAAGAAACGAGCACUUGUACACAGAUGUUUUUUUUUCUUCAGAUCUCUUAAUACAAUGUACAAUGAUGCGCUAUGGAAAAAAAAAAAGACUUGAAAAAGAGAAAAUGUGUACUUUAAAUGUAUACAUACCAUGCUCUAUAUGCUAUACUACAUACAAUAAAAUAAAUAAAUAAAAACAAGCUUAAAGCUUGGUAUCUGAAAAUGGCACACAGGUAAUGUGUAUUGUAUAUUUUACGUUUGUUAAAUGUUACUUUUAAUUCUCAUUGUGUUUGACGGCGAAAUAUGUUGUUUGCUGUAAAAAACUGUUUAUCAUAAGAAAUAAAAAAAAAAAUCUUUUUCUAUGAAACCAAA